AUGAAGUCAUGCAUGUUCGUGACUGGUAAUCCCAACAAGGUGAUCGAGGUCAACGCCAUACUUGGUGGUGCAAUCCCCGUUCAACCCCUUACCUUGGAUUUUCCCGAGAUCCAAGGAACAUUGGAAGAAAUCGCGGCCGACAAAUGUCGACGCGCCGCUGAGAUUGUCAAUGGACCGGUGUUGGUAGAAGACUCGGCCCUGGAGUUCAACGCGAUGAAUGGGUUGCCAGGCCCUUAUGUGUAA